AUGGCAACAUCAGCUUUGUUGUCAACAACUGUCGCAUCUUCUGAUGUAGAUUCGAGCAUUGCCACAGCAACUCUUUCAUCAACAUUUGGCACUCCUUCUGAUGAAGCUGCAAGCACUGCCACAGCAACUCUUUCCUCAACAACUCAUGCAUCUUCUAAAGAUACUAGCACAAAAGUGACAAGCACAGCAAUAACAACUCCUUUGCCAACAACCGUAUCAUCUUCCGAAAAAUUCACCACCACUGCAACGACAACUCCUUUGUCAACAAUUGUUGCAUCUUCUGAAGAUACUACUAAAAGAGUUACAAGCACAGCAACAACAACAGUUGCAACAUCAACUCCUUUGUCUUCUGAAAAAGUUACAAGCAAAGCCACAACAAUUCCACUGCCAAUAACUGAUGAAUCUUCUGAAGAUACUGUUGCAUCUUCGGAUAAAUAUUCAAGCAGUGUCUCAGCAACUCUUUCGUCAAUAACUGGUACAUCUUCUAAUGAUACAACCAAAGAAGAGUCUUCUUCUGAAACCGUCUUGUCUUCUGAUGACUAUUACUACGACGAAUCAACUGAAGCUUCAUUGUCAACCACGGUUGCCUCUUCUGAUGAAGAUUCAAGCAAUGCCACAACUCUUUCGUCAACAACUGGUACAUCUUCUGAUGAAGAUUCAAGCAUUGCCACAACUCUUUCGUCAACAACAGGUACAUCUUCUAAUGAUACAACUAAAGAAGAGUCUACUUCUGAAACCGUCUUGUCUUCUGAUGACUAUUACUACGACGAAUCAACUGAAGCUUCAUUGUCAACAACUCGUACAUCUUCUGAUGAAGAUUCAAGCAAUGCCACAACUCUUUCGUCAACAACUGGUAUAUCUUCUAAUGAUACAACUAAAGAAGAGUCUACUUCCGAAACCGUCUUGUCUUCUGAUGACUAUUACUACGACGAAUCAACUGAAGGCUCAUUGUUAACAACUGGUACAUCUUCUGAUGAAGAUUCAAGCAAUGCCAUAACUCUUUUGUCAACAACAGGUACAUCUUCUAAUGAUACAACUAAAGAAGAGUCUACUUCUGAAACCGUCUUGUCUUCUGAUGAUUAUUACUAUGACGAAUCUACUGAAGCUUCAUUGUCAACAACUGGUACAACUUCUGAUGAAGAUUCAAGCAAUGCCACAACUCUUUCGUCAACAACAGGUACAUCUUCUAAUGAUACAACUAAAGAAGAGUCUACUUCUGAAACCGUCUUGUCUUCUGAUGACUAUUACUACGACGAAUCAACUGAAGCUUCAUUAUCAACAACUGGUACAUCUUCUGAUGAAGAUUCAAGCAAUGCCACAACUCUUUCGUCAACAACUGGUAUAUCUUUUAAUGAUACAACCAAAGAAGAGUCUACUUCUGAAACCGUCUUGUCUUCCGAUGACUAUUAUUACGAUGAAUCUACUGAAACUUCAUUGUCAACCACGGUUGCCUCUUCUGAUGAAGAUUCUAGCACUGCCACAACUCUUUCGUCAACAACUGGUAUAUCUUUUAAUGAUACAACUAAAGAAGAGUCUACUUCUGAAACCGUCUUGUCUUCCGAUGACUAUUAUUACGAUGAAUCUACUGAAACUUCAUUGUCAACCACGGUUGCCUCUUCUGAUGAAGAUUCUAGCACUGCCACAACUCUUUCGUCAACAACUGGUACAUCUUCUAAUGAUACAACUAAAGAAGCGUCUACUUCUGAAACCGUCUUGUCUUCUGAUGACUAUUACUACGACGAAUCAACUGAAGCUUCAUUAUCAACAACUGGUACAUCUUCUGAUGAAGAUUCAAGCAAUGCCACAACUCUUUCGUCAACAACUGGUAUAUCUUUUAAUGAUACAACCAAAGAAGAGUCUACUUCUGAAACCGUCUUGUCUUCCGAUGACUAUUAUUACGAUGAAUCUACUGAAACUUCAUUGUCAACCACGGUUGCCUCUUCUGAUGAAGAUUCUAGCACUGCCACAACUCUUUCGUCAACAACUGGUACAUCUUCUAAUGAUACAACUAAAGAAGAGUCUACUUCUGAAACCGUCUUGUCUUCUGAUGACUAUUAUUACGACGAAUCAACUGAAGCCUCAUUGUCUACAACACGUGCAUCUUCUGAUGAAUAUUCAAGCAAUGCCACAACUCUUUCGUCAACAACUGGUAUAUCUUCUAAUGAUACAACCAAAGAAGAGUCUACUUCUGAAACCGUCUUGUCUUCUGAUGACUAUUACUACGAUGAAUCUACUGAAGCUUCAUUGUCAACAACUGUUGCAUCUUCUGAUGAAUAUUCAAGCAAUAUCACAACUCUUUCGUCAACAACUGGUACAUCAUCUAAUGAUACAACCAAAGAAGAGUCUACUUCUGAAACCGUCUUGUCUUCCGAUGACUAUUAUUACGACGAAUCUACUGAAGCUUCAUUGUCAACAACUGGUACAUCUUCUGAUGAAGAUUCAAGCAAUGCCACAACUCUUUCGUCAACAACAGGUACAUCUUCUAAUGAUACAACUAAAGAAGAGUCUACUUCUGAAACCGUCCUGUCUUCUGAUGACUAUUACUACGACGAAUCAACUGAAGCCUCAUUGUUAACAACUGGUACAUCUUCUGAUGAAUAUUCAAGCAAUGCCACAACUCUUUCGUCAACAACUGGUACAUCAUCUAAUGAUACAACCAAAGAAGAGUCUACUACUGAAACCGUCUUGUCUUCCGAUGACUAUUACUACGACGAAUCAACUGAAGCCUCAUUGUUAACAACUGUUGCAUCUACUGAUGAAGAUUCAAGCAAUGCCACAACUCUUUCGUCAACAGCUGGUACAUCUUCUAAUGAUACAACCAAAGAAGAGUCUACUUCUGAAACCGUCUUGUCUUCUGAUGACUAUUACUACGACGAAUCAACUGAAGCUUUAUUGUCUACAACACGUGCAUCUUCUGAUGAAUAUUCAAGCAAUAUCACAACUCUUUCGUCAACAACUGGUACAUCAUCUAAUGAUACAACCAAAGAAGAGUCUACUUCUGAAACCGUCUUGUCUUCCGAUGACUAUUAUUACGACGAAUCUACUGAAGCUUCAUUGUCAACAACUGGUACAUCUUCUGAUGAAGAUUCAAGCAAUGCCACAACUCUUUCGUCAACAACAGGUACAUCUUCUAAUGAUACAACUAAAGAAGAGUCUACUUCUGAAACCGUCCUGUCUUCUGAUGACUAUUACUACGACGAAUCAACUGAAGCCUCAUUGUUAACAACUGGUACAUCUUCUGAUGAAUAUUCAAGCAAUGCCACAACUCUUUCGUCAACAACUGGUACAUCAUCUAAUGAUACAACCAAAGAAGAGUCUACUACUGAAACCGUCUUGUCUUCUGAUGACUAUUACUACGACGAAUCUACUGAAGCUUCAUUGUCAACAACUGGUACAUAUUCUGAUGAAGAUUCUAGCAAUGCCACAACUCUUUCGUCAACAGCUGGUACAUCUUCUAAUGAUACAACCAAAGAAGAGUCUACUUCUGAAACCGUCUUGUCUUCUGAUGACUAUUACUACGACGAAUCAACUGAAGCUUCAUUGUCUACAACACGUGCAUCUUCUGAUGAAUAUUCAAGCAAUAUCACAACUCUUUCGUCAACAACUGGUACAUCAUCUAAUGAUACAACCAAAGAAGAGUCUACUUCUGAAACCGUCUUGUCUUCCGAUGACUAUUAUUACGACGAAUCUACUGAAGCUUCAUUGUCAACAACUGGUACAUCUUCUGAUGAAGAUUCAAGCAAUGCCACAACUCUUUCGUCAACAGCUGGUACAUCUUCUAAUGAUACAACCAAAGAAGAGUCUACUUCUGAAACCGUCUUGUCUUCUGAUGACUAUUACUACGACGAAUCUACUGAAGCUUCAUUGUCAACAACUGGUACAUAUUCUGAUGAAGAUUCAAGCAAUGCCACAACUCUUUCGUCAACAGCUGGUACAUCUUCUAAUGAUACAACCAAAGAAGAGUCUACUUCUGAAACCGUCUUGUCUUCCGAUGACUAUUAUUACGACGAAUCUACUGAAGCUUCAUUGUCAACAACUGGUACAUCUUCUGAUGAAGAUUCAAGCAAUGCCACAACUCUUUCGUCAACAACAGGUACAUCUUCUAAUGAUACAACUAAAGAAGAGUCUACUUCUGAAACCGUCUUGUCUUCUGAUGACUAUUACUACGACGAAUCAACUGAAGCCUCAUUGUUAACAACUGGUACAUCUUCUGAUGAAUAUUCAAGCAAUGCCACAACUCUUUCGUCAACAACUGGUACAUCAUCUAAUGAUACAACCAAAGAAGAGUCUACUACUGAAACCGUCUUGUCUUCCGAUGACUAUUAUUAUGACGAAUCUACUGAAGCCUCAUUGUCAACAACUGGCACAUCUUCUGAUGAAGAUUCAAGCAAUGCCACAACUCUUUCGUCAACAACAGGUACAUCUUCUAAUGAUACAACUAAAGAAGAGUCUACUUCUGAAACCGUCUUGUCUUCUGAUGACUAUUACUACGACGAAUCAACUGAAGCCUCAUUGUUAACAACUGGUACAUCUUCUGAUGAAGAUUCAAGCAAUGCCACAACUCUUUCGUCAACAACUGGUAUAUCUUCUAAUGAUACAACCAAAGAAGAGUCUACUUCUGAAACCGUUUUGUCUUCCGAUGACUAUUAUUACGACGAAUCUACUGAAGCUAUUUUGUCAACAACUGUUGCAUCUACUGAUGAAGAUUCAAGCAUUGCCACAACUCUUUCGUCAACAGCUGGUACAUCUUCUAAUGAUACAACCAAAGAAGAGUCUACUUCUGAAACCGUCUUGUCUUCCGAUGACUACUACUACGACGAAUCUACUGAAGCUUCAUUGUCAACAACUGGUACAUAUUCUGAUGAAGAUUCAAGCAAUGCCACAACUCUUUCGUCAACAGCUGGUACAUCUUCUAAUGACACAACCAAAGAAGAGUCUACUUCUGAAACCGUCUUGUCUUCCGAUGACUAUUACUACGACGAAUCUACUGAAGCCUCAUUGUCAACAACGGUUGCAUCUUCUGAUGAAGAUUCAAGCACUGCCACAACUCUUUCGUCAACAACUGGUAUAUCUUCUAAUGACACAACCAAAGAAGAGUCUACUUCUGAAACCGUUUUGUCUUCCGAUGACUAUUAUUACGACGAAUCUACUGAAGCUAUUUUGUCAACAACUGUUGCAUCUACUGAUGAAGAUUCAAGCAUUGCCACAACUCUUUCGUCAACAGCUGGUACAUCUUCUAAUGAUACAACCAAAGAAGAGUCUACUUCUGAAACCGUCUUGUCUUCCGAUGACUAUUACUACGACGAAUCUACUGAAGCCUCAUUGUCAACAACUGUUGCAUCUUCUGAUGAAGAUUCAAGCACUGCCACAACUCUUUCGUCAACAACUGGUACAUCUUCUAAUGAUACAACCAAAGAAGAGUCUACUUCUGAAACCGUCUUGUCUUCUGACGACUAUUACUACGACGAAUCUACUGAAGCUAUUUUGUCAACAACUGUUGCAUCUACUGAUGAAGAUUCAAGCAUUGCCACAACUCUUUCGUCAACAGCUGGUACAUCUUCUAAUGAUACAACCAAAGAAGAGUCUACUUCUGAAACCGUCUUGUCUUCUGACGACUAUUACUACGACGAAUCUACUGAAGCUUCAUUGUCAACAACACCUGGUACAUCUUCUAAUGACACAACCAAAGAAGAGUCUACUUCUGAAACCGUCUUGUCUUCUGACGACUAUUACUACGACGAAUCUACUGAAGCUAUUUUGUCAACAACUGUUGCAUCUACUGAUGAAGAUUCAAGCAUUGCCACAACUCUUUCGUCAACAGCUGGUACAUCUUCUAAUGAUACAACCAAAGAAGAGUCUACUUCUGAAACCGUCUUGUCUUCCGAUGACUAUUACUACGACGAAUCUACUGAAGCCUCAUUGUCAACAACUGUUGCAUCUUCUGAUGAAGAUUCAAGCACUGCCACAACUCUUUCGUCAACAACUGGUACAUCUUCUAAUGAUACAACCAAAGAAGAGUCUACUUCUGAAACCGUUUUGUCUUCCGAUGACUAUUAUUACGACGAAUCUACUGAAGCUUCAUUGUCAACAACACGUGCAUCUUCUGAUGAAGAUUCAAGCAAUGCCACAACUCUUUCGUCAACAGCUGGUACAUCUUCUAAUGACACAACCAAAGAAGAGUCUACUUCUGAAACCGUCUUGUCUUCUGACGACUAUUACUACGACGAAUCUACUGAAGCUAUUUUGUCAACAACUGUUGCAUCUACUGAUGAAGAUUCAAGCAUUGCCACAACUCUUUCGUCAACAACUGGUACAUCUUCUAAUGAUACAACCAAAGAAGAGUCUACUUCUGAAACCGUCUUGUCUUCUGACGACUAUUACUACGACGAAUCUACUGAAGCCUCAUUGUCAACAACUGUUGCAUCUUCUGAUGAAGAUUCAAGCACUGCCACAACUCUUUCGUCAACAACUGGUACAUCUUCUAAUGAUACAACCAAAGAAGAGUCUACUUCUGAAACCGUCUUGUCUUCUGAUGACUAUUACUACGACGAAUCAACUGAAGCCUCAUUGUUAACAACUGGUACAUCUUCUGAUGAAUAUUCAAGCAAUGCCACAACUCUUUCGUCAACAACUGGUACAUCUUCUAAUGAUACAACUAAAGAAGAGUCUACUUCUGAAACCGUUUUGUCUUCCGAUGACUAUUAUUACGACGAAUCUACUGAAGCUUCAUUGUCAACAACUGUUGCAUCUACUGAUGAAGAUUCAAGCAUUGCUACAACUCUUUCAUCAACACCUGGUACAUCUUCUAAUGAUACAACCAAAGAAGAGUCUACUUCUGAAACCGUCUUGUCUUCCGAUGACUAUUAUUAUGACGAAUCUACUGAAGCCUCAUUGUCAACAACUGGUACAUCUUCUGAUGAAGAUUCAAGCAAUGCCACAACUCUUUUGUCAACAACUGGUAUAUCUUCUAAUGAUACAACUAAAGAAGAGUCUACUUCUGAAACCGUUUUGUCUUCCGAUGACUAUUAUUACGACGAAUCUACUGAAGCUUCAUUGUCAACAACUGUUGCAUCUACUGAUGAAGAUUCAAGCAUUGCCACAACUCUUUCAUCAACACCUGGUACAUCUUCUAAUGAUACAACCAAAGAAGAGUCUACUUCUGAAACCGUCUUGUCUUCCGAUGACUAUUACUACGACGAAUCUACUGAAGCUUUAUUGUCAACAACUGGUACAUAUUCUGAUGAAGAUUCAAGCAAUGCCACAACUCUUUCGUCAACAGCUGGUACAUCUUCUAAUGACACAACCAAAGAAGAGUCUACUUCUGAAACCGUCUUGUCUUCUGACGACUAUUACUACGACGAAUCUACUGAAGCUACUUUGUCAACAACUGUUGCAUCUACUGAUGAAGAUUCAAGCAUUGCCACAACUCUUUCGUCAACAGCUGGUACAUCUUCUAAUGACACAACCAAAGAAGAGUCUACUUCUGAAACCGUCUUGUCUUCUGACGACUAUUACUACGACGAAUCUACUGAAGCCUCAUUGUCAACAACUGUUGCAUCUACUGAUGAAGAUUCAAGCACUGCCACAACUCUUUCGUCAACAACUGGUACAUCUUCUAAUGAUACAACCAAAGAAGAGUCUACUUCUGAAACCGUCUUGUCUUCUGAUGACUAUUACUACGACGAAUCAACUGAAGCCUCAUUGUUAACAACUGGUACAUCUUCUGAUGAAUAUUCAAGCAAUGCCACAACUCUUUCGUCAACAACUGGUACAUCUUCUAAUGAUACAACUAAAGAAGAGUCUACUUCUGAAACCGUUUUGUCUUCCGAUGACUAUUAUUACGACGAAUCUACUGAAGCUUCAUUGUCAACAACUGUUGCAUCUACUGAUGAAGAUUCAAGCAUUGCCACAACUCUUUCAUCAACACCUGGUACAUCUUCUAAUGAUACAACCAAAGAAGAGUCUACUUCUGAAACCGUCUUGUCUUCCGAUGACUAUUAUUAUGACGAAUCUACUGAAGCCUCAUUGUCAACAACUGGUACAUCUUCUGAUGAAGAUUCAAGCAAUGCCACAACUCUUUUGUCAACAACUGGUAUAUCUUCUAAUGAUACAACUAAAGAAGAGUCUACUUCUGAAACCGUUUUGUCUUCCGAUGACUAUUAUUACGACGAAUCUACUGAAGCUUCAUUGUCAACAACUGUUGCAUCUACUGAUGAAGAUUCAAGCAUUGCCACAACUCUUUCAUCAACACCUGGUACAUCUUCUAAUGAUACAACCAAAGAAGAGUCUACUUCUGAAACCGUCUUGUCUUCCGAUGACUAUUACUACGACGAAUCUACUGAAGCUUUAUUGUCAACAACUGGUACAUAUUCUGAUGAAGAUUCAAGCAAUGCCACAACUCUUUCGUCAACAGCUGGUACAUCUUCUAAUGACACAACCAAAGAAGAGUCUACUUCUGAAACCGUCUUGUCUUCUGACGACUAUUACUACGACGAAUCUACUGAAGCUACUUUGUCAACAACUGUUGCAUCUACUGAUGAAGAUUCAAGCAUUGCCACAACUCUUUCGUCAACAGCUGGUACAUCUUCUAAUGAUACAACCAAAGAAGAGUCUACUUCUGAAACCGUCUUGUCUUCCGAUGACUAUUACUACGACGAAUCUACUGAAGCUUCAUUGUCAACAACUGUUGCAUCUUCUGAUGAAGAUUCAAGCACUGCCACAACUCUUUCGUCAACAGCUGGUACAUCUUCUAAUGACACAACCAAAGAAGAGUCUACUUCUGAAACCGUCUUGUCUUCUGACGACUAUUACUACGACGAAUCUACUGAAGCUACUUUGUCAACAACUGUUGCAUCUACUGAUGAAGAUUCAAGCAUUGCCACAACUCUUUCGUCAACAACAGGUACAUCUUCUAAUGAUACAACUAAAGAAGAGUCUACUUCUGAAACCAUCUUGUCUUCCGAUGACUAUUACUACGACGAAUCUACUGAAGCCUCAUUGUCAACAACUGUUGCAUCUUCUGAUGAAGAUUCAAGCAUUGCCACAACUCUUUCGUCAACAACUGGUACAUAUUCUGAUGAAUAUUCAAGCAAUGCCACAACUCUUUCGUCAACAACUGGUACAUAUUCUGAUGAAGAUUCAAGCACUGCCACAACUCUUUCGUCAACAACUGGUACGUCUUCCAAUGAUACAACUAAAGAAGAGUCUACUUCUGAAACCGUCUUGUCUUCUGAUGACUAUUACUACGACGAAUCUACUGAAGCCUCAUUGUCAACAACUGUUGCAUCUUCUGAUGAAGAUUCAAGCAUUGCCACAACUCUUUCGUCAACAACUGGUACAUCUUCUGAUAAAUAUUCAAGCACUGUCACAACUCUUUCGUCAACAACUAGUACAUCUUCGGAUGAAUAUUCAAGCGACGCCACAACUCUUUGGUCAACAACUGGUACAUCUUCUAAUGAUACAACCAAAGAAGAGUCUUCAUCUGAAACCGUCUUGUCUUCCGACGAAUCUUAUUACGACGAAUCUACUGAAGCUUCAUUGUCAACAACUGUUGCAUCUGUUGCAACAACUGGUACAUCUUCGGAUGAAUAUUCAAGCGACGCCACAACUCUUUCGUCAACAGCUUGUACAUCUUCUAAUGAUACAACCAAAGAAAAGUCUACUUCUGAAACCGUCUUGUCUUCUGAUGACUAUUAUUACGACGAAUCUACUGAAGCUUCAAUAUCAACAACUGUUGCAUCAUCUGAUGAAGAUUCAAGCAGUGCCACAGCAACUUUUUUGUCAACACCUGGUAAAUCCUCUGAUGAAGAUUCAAGCACUGCCACAACUCUUUCGUCAACAACUGGUACGUCUUCCAAUGAUACAACUAAAGAAGAGUCUACUUUUGACACCGUCUUGUCUUCUGAAGACUAUUACUACGACGAAUCUACUGAAGCUUCAUUGUCAACAACUGGUACGUCUUCUGAUGAAUAUUCAAGCAAUGCCACAACUCUUUGGUCAACAACUGGUACAUCUUCUAAUGAUACAACCAAAGAAGAGUCUUCAUCUGAAACCGUCUUGUCUUCCGAUGACUAUUAUUACGACGAAUCUACUGAAGCUUCAAUAUCAACAACUGUUGCAUCAUCUGAUGAAGAUUCAAGCAUUGCCACAGCGAGUCUUUUGUCAACAACUAGUACAUCUUCUGAUGAAGAUUCAAGCGGUGUCACAACUCUCUCGUCAACAACUGGUACAUCUUCUGAUGAAGAUUCAAGCAGUACUACAGCAACUCUUUUGUCAACAACUGGUACAUCUUCUAAAGAUACAACCAAAGAAGUGUCUACUUCUGAAACCGUCUCGUCGUCUGACGACUAUUAUUACGACGAAUCUACUGAAGAUUCAUUGUCAACAGCUGUUGCAACAUCCGAUGAAGAUUCAAGCAGUGUCACAGCAACUCUUUUGUCAACAACUGGUACAUCUUCCAAUGAUACAACCAAAGAAGAGACUACCGUCUUGUCUUCUGAAGACUAUUAUUACGACGAAUCUACUGAAGAUUCAUUGUCAACAUCUGUUGCAACAUCCGAUGAAGAUUCAAGCAGUGUCACAGCGAGUCUUUUGUCAACAACUAGUACAUCUUCUGAUGAAGAUUCAAGCGGUGUCACAACUCUCUCGUCAACAACUGGUACAUCUUCUGAUGAAGAUUCAAGCAGUACUACAGCAACUCUUUUGUCAACAACUGGUACAUCUUCCAAUGAUACAACCAAAGAAGAGACUACCGUCUUGUCUUCUGAAGACUAUUAUUACGACGAAUCUACUGAAGAUUCAUUGUCAACAUCUGUUGCAACAUCCGAUGAAGAUUCAAGCAGUGUCACAGCAACUCUUUCGUCAACUACUAGUACAUCUUCUGAUGAAGAUUCAAGCGGUGUCACAACUCUCUCGUCAACAACUGGUACAUCUUCUGAUGAAGAUUCAAGCAGUACUACAGCAACUCUUUUGUCAACAACUGGUACAUCUUCUAAAGAUACAACCAAAGAAGAGUCUACUUCUGAAACCGUCUCGUCGUCUGACGACUAUUAUUACGACGAAUCUACUGAAGAUUCAUUGUCAACAGCUGUUGCAACAUCCGAUGAAGAUUCAAGCAGUGCCACAGCAACUCUUUCGUCAACUACUGGUACAUCAUCUGAUGAAUAUUCAAGCAGUGCCACAGCAACUCUUUCGUCGACAACAGAUGCAACUUCUGAAGAUACUAGCACAAAACUGACAAGCACUGCAACGACUGCAGUUGCAACAUCAACUCCUUUGUCAACAACUGUUAGAUCCUCUGAUGAUACUACCAAAAAAGUGACGAGCACAGCAACAACAACAAUUGCAACAUCAUCUCCGUUGUCAACAACCGCAGCAUCUUCUGAAAAAGUCACCAGUACUGCAACGACCACAGUUGCAACAUCAACUCUUUUGUCAACAACUGUUAGAUCCUCUGAUGAUACUACCAAAAAAGUGACGAGCACAGCAACAACAACAGUUGCAACAUCAUUUCCGUUGUCAACAACCGCAGCAUCUUCUGAAAAAGUCAGCAGUACUGCAACGACCACAGUUGCAACAUCAACUCCUUUGUCAACAACUAUUAGAUCCUCUGAUGAUACUACCAAAAAAGUGACGAGCACAGCAACAACAACAGUUGCAACAUCAGGUCCGUUGUCAACAACCGCAGCAUCUUCUGAAAAAGUCACCAGUACUGCAACGACCACAGUUGCAACAUCAACUCCUUUGUCAACAACUGUUAGAUCCUCUGAUGAUACUACCAAAAAAGUGACGAGCACAGCAACAACAACAGUUGCAACAUCAUCUCCGUUGUCAACAACCGUACCAUCUUCUGAUGGCGAUUCAAGCACUGCCACAGCAACUUUUUCGUCAACAUCUGGUACAUCUUCUGUUGAUACUACCAAAGAAGACUCUACUUUUGAAACCGUCUCGUCUUCUGAUGACUAUUAUAACGACGAAUCUAAGGAAGCUUCAUUGUCAACAACUGUUGCAUCAUCCGAUGAAGAUUUAAGCAGUGUCACAGCAACUCUUUCGUCAACUACUGGUACAACUUCUGAUGAAUAUUCAAGCAGUGCUACAGGAACUUUUUCGUCGACAACAGAUGUAACUUCUGAAGAUACUAGCACAAAACUGACAAGCACAGCAACAACAACAGUUGCAACAUCAGCUUCGUUGUCAACAACCGUAGCAUCUUCUGAUGGAGAUUCAAGCACUGCCACAGCAACUUUUUCGUCAACAACUAAUACAUCUUCUGUUGAUACAACCAAAGAAGACUCUACUUUUGAAACCGUCUCGUCUUCUGAUGACUAUUAUAACGACGAAUCUAAGGAAGCUUCAUUGUCAACAACUGUUGCAUCAUCCGAUGAAGAUUCAAGCAGUGUCACAGCAACCCUUUCGUCAACAACUGGUACAUCUUCUGAACAACAUUUAAGCACUGCCACAACUCUUUCGUCAACUACUGGUACAUCAUCUGAUGAAUAUUCAAGCAGUGCCACAACAACUCUUUCGUCGACAACAGAUGCAACUUCUGCAGAUACUAGCACAAAACUGACAAGCACUGCAACGACUGCAGUUGCAACAUCAACUCCUUUGUCAACAACUGUUAGAUCCUCUGAUGAUACUACCAAAAAAGUGACGAGCACAGCAACAACAACAGUUGCAACAUCAUCUCCGUUGUCAACAACCGCAGCAUCUUCUGAAAAAGUCACCAGUACUGCAACGACCACAGUUGCAACAUCAACUCUUUUGUCAACAACUGUUAGAUCCUCUGAUGAUACUACCAAAAAAGUGACGAGCACAGCAACAACAACAGUUGCAACAUCAUCUCCGUUGUCAACAACCGCAGCAUCUUCUGAAAAAGUCAGCAGUACUGCAACGACCACAGUUGCAACAUCAACUCCUUUGUCAACAACUAUUAGAUCCUCUGAUGAUACUACCAAAAAAGUGACGAGCACAGCAACAACAACAGUUGCAACAUCAUCUCCGUUGUUAACAACCGCAGCAUCUUCUGAAAAAGUCAGCAGUACUGCAACGACCACAGUUGCAACAUCAACUCUUUUGUCAACAACUGUUAGAUCCUCUGAUGAUACUACCAAAAAAGUGACGAGCACAGCAACAACAACAGUUGCAACAUCAUCUCCGUUGUCAACAACCGCAGCAUCUUCUGAAAAAGUCAGCAGUACUGCAACGACCACAGUUGCAACAUCAACUCCUUUGUCAACAACUGUUAGAUCCUCUGAUGAUACUACCAAAAAAGUGACGAGCACAGCAACAACAACAGUUGCAACAUCAUCUCCGUUGUCAACAACCGUACCAUCUUCUGAUGGCGAUUCAAGCACUGCCACAGCAACUUUUCGUCAACAUCUGGUACAUCUUCUAUCCUCUGAUGAUACUACCAAAAAAGUGACGAGCACAGCAACAACAACAGUUGCAACAUCAUCUCCGUUGUCAACAACCGCAGCAUCUUCUGAAAAAGUCACCAGUACUGCAACGACCACAGUUGCAACAUCAACUCCUUUGUCAACAACUGUUAGAUCCUCUGAUGAUACUACCAAAAAAGUGACGAGCACAGCAACAACAACAGUUGCAACAUCAUCUCCGUUAUCAACAACCGCAGCAUCUUCUGAAAAAGUCAGCAGUACUGCAACGACCACAGUUGCAACAUCAACUCCUUUGUCAACAACUAUUAGAUCCUCUGAUGAUACUACCAAAAAAGUGACGAGCACAGCAACAACAACAGUUGCAGCAUCAUCUCCGUUGUCAACAACGGUAGCAUCUUCUGAUGGCGAUUCAAGCACUGCAACAGCAACUUUUUCGUCAACUACUGGUACAUCUUCUGUUGAUACAACCAAAGAAGACUCUACUUUUGAAACCCUCUCGUCUUCUGAUGACUAUUAUAACGACGAAUCUAAGGAAGCUUCAUUGUCAACAACUGUUGCAUCAUCCGAUGAAGAUUUAAGCAGUGUCACAGCAACCCUUUCGUCAACAACUGGUACAUCUUCUGAUCAACAUUUAAGCACUGCCACAGCAACUCUUUCGUCAACUACUGGUACAUCAUCUGAUGAAUAUUCAAGCAGUGCCACAGCAACUCUUUCGUUGACAACAGAUGCAACUUCUGAAGAUACUAGCACAAAACUGACAAGCACUGCAACGACUGCAGUUGCAACAUCAACUCCUUUGUCAACAACUGUUAGAUCCUCUGAUGAUACUACCAAAAAAGUGACGAGCACAGCAACAACAACAGUUGCAACAUCAGGUCCGUUGUCAACAACCGCAGCAUCUUCUGAAAAAGUCACCAGUACUGCAACAACCACAGUUGCAACAUCAACUCCUUUGUCAACAACUAUUAGAUCCUCUGAUGUUACUACCAAAAAAGUGACGAGCACAGCAACAACAACAGUUGCAACAUCAGGUCCGUUGUCAACAACCGCAGCAUUUUCUGAAAAAGUCACCAGUACUGCAAAGACCACAGUUGCAACAUCAACUCCUUUGUCAACAACUGUUAGAUCCUCUGAUGAUACUACCAAAAAAGUGACGAGCAUAGCAACAACAACAGUUGCAGCAUCAUCUCCGUUGUCAACAACGGUAGCAUCUUCUGAUGGCGAUUCAAGCACUGCAACAGCAACUUUUUCGUCAACAACUGGUACGUCUUCUGUUGAUACAACCAAAGAAGACCCUACUUUUGAAACCGUCUCGACAUCUGAUGACUAUUAUAACGACGAAUCUAAGGAAGCUUCAUUGUCAACAACUGUUGCAUCAUCCGAUGAAGAUUUAAGCAGUGUCACAGCAACCCUUUCGUCAACAACUGGUACAUCUUCUGAUCAGCAUUUAAGCACUGCCACAACUCUGAAACUGACAAGCACAGCAACAACAACAGUUGCAACAUCAGCUUCGUUGUCAACAACCGUAGCAUCUUCUGAUGGAGAUUCAAGCACUGCAACAGCAACUUUUUCGUCAACAACUAAUACAUCUUCUGUUGAUACAACCAAAGAAGACCCUACUUUUGAAACCGUCUCGACUUCUGAUGACUAUUAUAACGACGAAUCUAAGGAAGCUUCAUUGUCAACAACUGUUGCAUCAUCCGAUGAAGAUUUAAGCAGUGUCACAGCAACCCUUUCGUCAACAACUGGUACAUCUUCUGAUCAACAUUUAAGCACUGCCACAGCAACUCUUUCGUCAACUACUGGUACAUCAUCUGAUGAAUAUUCAAGCAGUGCCACAGCAACUCUUUCGUCGACAACAGAUGCAACUUCUGAAGAUACUAGCACAAAACUGACAAGCACUGCAACGACUGCAGUUGCAACAUCAACUCCUUUGUCAACAACUGUUAGAUCCUCUGAUGAUACUACCAAAAAAGUGACGAGCACAGCAACAACAACAGUUGCAACAUCAGGUCCGUUGUCAACAACCGCAGCAUCUUCUGAAAAAGUCAGCAGUACUGCAACGACCACAGUUGCAACAUCAACUCCUUUGUCAACAACUAUUAGAUCCUCUGAUGAUACUACCAAAAAAGUGACGAGCACAGCAACAACAACAGUUGCAACAUCAGGUCCGUUGUCAACAACCGCAGCAUCUUCUGAAAAAGUCACCAGUACUGCAACGACCACAGUUGCAACAUCAACUCCUUUGUCAACAACUGUUAGAUUCUCUGAUGAUACUACCAAAAAAGUGACGAGCACAGCAACAACAACAGUUGCAACAUCAGGUCCGUUAUCAACAACCGCAGCAUCUUCUGAAAAAGUCAGCAGUACUGCAACGACCACAGUUGCAACAUCAACUCCUUUGUCAACAACUAUUAGAUCCUCUGAUGAUACUACCAAAAAAGUGACGAGCACAGCAACAACAACAGUUGCAACAUCAGGUCCGUUGUCAACAACCGCAGCAUCUUCUGAAAAAGUCACCAGUACUGCAACGACCACAGUUGCAACAUCAACUCCUUUGUCAAAAACUAUUAGAUCCUCUGAUGAUACUACCAAAAAAGUGACGAGCACAGCAACAACAACAGUUGCAACAUCAGGUCCGUUGUCAACAACCGCAGCAUCUUCUGAAAAAGUCACCAGUACUGCAACGACCACAGUUGCAACAUCAACUCCUUUGUCAACAACUAUUAGAUCCUCUGAUGAUACUACCAAAAAAGUGACGAGCACAGCAACAACAACAGUUGCAACAUCAGGUCCGUUGUCAACAACCGCAGCAUCUUCUGAAAAAGUCAGCAGUACUGCAACGACCACAGUUGCAACAUCAACUCUUUUGUCAACAACUAUUAGAUCCUCUGAUGAUACUACCAAAAAAGUGACGAGCACAGCAACAUCAUCUCCGUUGUCAACAACCGUACCAUCUUCUGAUGGCGAUUCAAACACUGCAACAGCAACUUUUUCGUCAACAUCUGAUACAUCUUCUGUUGAUACUACCAAAGAAGACUCUACUUUUGAAACCGUCUCGUCUUCUGAUGACUAUUAUAACGACGAAUCUAAGGAAGCUUCAUUGUCAACAACUGUUGCAUCAUCCGAUGAAGAUUCAAGCAGUGUCACAGCAACCCUUUCGUCAACAACUGGUACAUCUUCUGAUCAACAUUUAAGCACUGUCACAACUCUUUCGUCAACUACUGGUACAUCAUCUGAUGAAUAUUCAAGCAGUGCCACAGCAACUCUUUCGUCGACAACAGAUGCAACUUCUGAAGAUACUAGCACAAAACUGACAAGCACCGCAACGACCACAGUUGCAACAUCAACUCCUUUGUCAACAACAGUUAGAUCCUCUGAUGAUACUACCAAAAAAGUGACGACCACAGCAACAACAACAGUUGCAACAUCAUCUCCGUUGUCAACAACCGCAGCAUCUUCUGAUAGCGAUUCAAACACUGCAACAGCAACUUUUUCGUCAACAACUGGUACAUCUUCUGUUGAUACAACCAAAGAAGACUCUACUUUUGAAACCGUCUCGUCUUCUGAUGACUAUUAUAACGACGAAUCUAGGGAAGCUUCAUUGUCAACAACUGUUGCAUCAUCCGAUGAAGAUUUAAGCAGUGUCACAGCAACCCUUUCGUCAACAACUGGUACAUCUUCUGAUCAACAUUUAAGCACUGCCACAACUCUUUCGUCAACUACUGGUACAUCAUCUGAUGAAUAUUCAAGCAGUGCCACAGCAACUCUUUCGUCGACAACAGAUGCAACUUCUGAAGAUACUAGCACAAAACUGACAAGCACUGCAACGACUGCAGUUGCAACAUCAACUCCUUUGUCAACAACUGUUAGAUCCUCUGAUGAUACUACCAAAAAAGUGACGAGCACAGCAACAACAACAGUUGCAACAUCAGGUCCGUUGUCAACAACCGCAGCAUCUUCUGAAAAAGUCAGCAGUACUGCAACGACCACAGUUGCAACAUCAACUCCUCUGUCAACAACUGUUAGAUCCUCUGAUGAUACUACCAAAAAAGUGACGACCACAGCAACAACAACAGUUGCAACAUCAUCUCCGUUGUCAACAACCGCAGCAUCUUCUGAUAGCGAUUCAAACACUGCAACAGCAACUUUUUCGUCAACAACUGGUACAUCUUCUGUUGAUACAACCAAAGAAGACUCUACUUUUGAAACCGUCUCGUCUUCUGAUGACUAUUAUAACGACGAAUCUAAGGAAGCUUCAUUGUCAACAACUGUUGCAUCAUCCGAUGAAUAUUCAAGCAGUGCCACAGCAACUCUUUCGUCGACAACAGAUGCAACUUCUGAAGAUACUAGCACAAAACUGACAAGCACCGAAACGACCACAGUUGCAACAUCAACUCCUUUGUCAACAACUGUUAGAUCCUCUGAUGAUACUACCAAAAAAGUGACGAGCACAGCAACAACAACAGUUGCAACAUCAUCUCCGUUGUCAACAACCGCAGCAUCUUCUGAAAAAGUCAGCAGUACUGCAACGACCACAGUUGCAACAUCAACUCCUUUGUCAACAACUGUUAGAUCCUCUGAUGAUACUACCAAAAAAGUGACGAGCACAGCAACAACAACAGUUGCAACAUCAGGUCCGUUGUCAACAACCGCAGCAUCUUCUGAAAAAGUCAGCAGUACUGCAACGACCACAGUUGCAACAUCAACUCCUCUGUCAACAACUGUUAGAUCCUCUGAUGAUACUACCAAAAAAGUGACGAGCACAGCAACAACAACAGUUGCAACAUCAUCUCCGUUGUCAACAACCGCAGCAUCUUCUGAUAGCGAUUCAAACACUGCAACAGCAACUUUUUCGUCAACAACUGGUACAUCUUCUGUUGAUACAACCAAAGAAGACUCUACUUUUGAAACCGUCUCGUCUUCUGAUGACUAUUAUAACGACGAAUCUAAGGAAGCUUCAUUGUCAACAACUGUUGCAUCAUCUGAUGAAUAUUCAAGCAGUGCCACAGCAACUCUUUCGUCGACAACAGAUGCAACUUCUGAAGAUACUAGCACAAAACUGACAAGCACCGAAACGACCACAGUUGCAACAUCAACUCCUUUGUCAACAACUGUUAGAUCCUCUGAUGAUACUACCAAAAAAGUGACGAGCACAGCAACAACAACAGUUGCAACAUCAGGUCCGUUGCCAACAACCGCAGCAUCUUCUGAAAAAGUCACCAGUACUGCAACGACCACAGUUGCAACAUCAACUCCUUUGUCAACAACUGUUAGAUCCUCUGAUGAUACUACCAAAAAAGUGACGAGCACAGCAACAACAACAGUUGCAACAUCAUCUCCGUUGUCAACAACCGCAGCAUCUUCUGAUAGCGAUUCAAACACUGCAACAGCAACUUUUCGUCAACAACUGGUACAUCUUCUAUCCUCUGAUGAUACUACCAAAAAAGUGACGAGCACAGCAACAACAACAGUUGCAACAUCAGGUCCGUUGCCAACAACCGCAGCAUCUUCUGAAAAAGUCACCAGUACUGCAACGACCACAGUUGCAACAUCAACUCCUUUGUCAACAACUGUUAGAUCCUCUGAUGAUACUACCAAAAAAGUGACGAGCACAGCAACAACAACAGUUGCAACAUCAGGUCCGUUGUCAACAACCGCAGCAUCUUCUGAAAAAGUCAGCAGUACUGCAACGACCACAGUUGCAACAUCAACUCCUCUGUCAACAACUGUUAGAUCCUCUGAUGAUACUACCAAAAAAGUGACGACCACAGCAACAACAACAGUUGCAACAUCAUCUCCGUUGUCAACAACCGCAGCAUCUUCUGAUAGCGAUUCAAACACUGCAACAGCAACUUUUUCGUCAACAACUGGUACAUCUUCUGUUGAUACAACCAAAGAAGACUCUACUUUUGAAACCGUCUCGUCUUCUGAUGACUAUUAUAACGACGAAUCUAAGGAAGCUUCAUUGUCAACAACUGUUGCAUCAUCCGAUGAAUAUUCAAGCAGUGCCACAGCAACUCUUUCGUCGACAACAGAUGCAACUUCUGAAGAUACUAGCACAAAACUGACAAGCACCGAAACGACCACAGUUGCAACAUCAACUCCUUUGUCAACAACUGUUAGAUCCUCUGAUGAUACUACCAAAAAAGUGACGAGCACAGCAACAACAACAGUUGCAACAUCAUCUCCGUUGUCAACAACCGCAGCAUCUUCUGAUAGCGAUUCAAACAUUGCAACAGCAACUUUUUCGUCAACAACAGUUGCUACUUCUGAAGAUACUAGCUCAAAAGUGACGAGCACAGCAACAACAACAGUUGCAACAUCAGCUCCGUUGCCAACAACCGCAGCAUCUUCUGAAAAAGUCACCAGUACUGCAACGACCACAGUUGCAACAUCAACUCCUUUGUCAACAACUGUUAGAUCCUCUGAUGAUACUACCAAAAAAGUGACGAGCACAGCAACAACAACAGUUGCAACAUCAGGUCCGUUGUCAACAACCGCAGCAUCUUCUGAAAAAGUCACCAGUACUGCAACGACCACAGUUGCACCAUCAACUCCUUUGUCAACAACUGUUAGAUCCUCCGAUGAUACUACCAAAAAAGUGACGGCCACAGCAACAACAACAGUUGCAACAUCAUCUCCGUUGUCAACAACCGCAGCAUCUUCUGAUAGCGAUUCAAACACUGCAACAGCAACUUUUUCGUCAACAACAGUUGCUACUUCUGAAUUUACUAGCUCAAAAGUGACAAGCGCAACAACAACAACAGUUGCAACAUCAGCUCCGUUGCCAACAACCGCAGCAUCUUCUGAAAAAGUCACCAGUACUGCAACGACCACAGUUGCAACAUCAACUCCUUUGUCAACAACUGUUAGAUCCUCUGAUGAUACUACCAAAAAAGUGACGACCACAGCAACAACAACAGGUGCAACAUCACCUCCGUUGUCAACAAACGCAGCAUCUUCUGAAAAAGUCACCAGUACUGCAACGACCACAGUUGCAACAUCAACUCCUUUGUCAACAACUGUUAGAUCCUCUGAUGAUACUACCAAAAAAGUGACGACCACAGCAACAACAACAGUUGCAGCAUCAUCUCCGUUGUCAACAACGGUAGCAUCUUCUGAUGGCGAUUCAAGCACUGCAACAGCAACUUUUUCGUCAACAACUGGUACAUCUUCUGUUGAUACAACCAAAGAAGACUCUACUUUUGAAACCGUCUCGUCUUCUGAUGACUACUAUUACAACAAAUUAACUGAAGUUUUAUUGUGA